GAGAGAGGAGAGAGAGAGAGGAGUGUUUGUUCAUGUUGAGUCAGUGUGGGGAGAGAGAGAGAGAGAGAGAGAGGACAGGACAGGACAGGACAGGGGACAGGCUGGCUGGUAACCCACCACAGCACCGACACCACACAAACAAACCCCCCAAACACCUGCGGACAGAAAACAAAUGCGCGCAUUUUAUUCUCGUGACUGGCGCCGAGAGGCUUUCCAGCAUUACCAGGAUCCUCUAAAGCCUCGCUCGCUCACUGUCACUCCGAUGGUCCGCUGUAGGUUCAGUUAAAACGGAUUACCAGAGCGGACACUUCUUCUAAAGCCUUCUUCCCCGGUUCUACGCUAUCUAUGCACCUGUGAGCGAAACCAAAACGAGGAAAAAUGACGGAGCUGAGGAAGCGAGGAGCCGGAGGAGCGGGAGGCGGGGACCCGGACAGCACCGAGAACAUCAGCGACAAGGAAGCAGAUGGAGAGGACAGGCUGGGGCUGCCCAGUGAAGGCGAAGGAGACUUGGAGGGCGACUGUAAAGCAGACACUCCAGACGUGCCACCGUCCUCUGACAACACUCCGCAGUGUCUCAACAAAGCCCUGGAGGGCCUGUCGUCCAGAUGGAAGAACUGGUGGAUACGAGGGAUUUUAUCAGUGACAAUGAUCAUAGGCUUCUUCCUUAUCAUCUAUUUGGGACCCCUUAUGCUUAUAUUUGUUGUUAUGAGUGUUCAAAUCAAAUGUUUCCAAGAAAUCAUAACCAUUGGCUACAGAGUUUACCAUUCCUACGACCUGCCCUGGUUCAGAACACUCAGUUGGUACUUCUUGAUUUGUGUGAACUACUUCUUCUAUGGCGAAACAGUAGCUGAUUACUUUGGGGCAUUAGUCCAAAGGGAGGAGCCUUUGCAGUUCCUUGUGCGCUAUCAUCGCUUCAUUUCUUUUGCACUGUACUUGGCAGGUUUCUGCAUGUUUGUUCUGAGCUUAGUGAAGAAACAUUACCGCCUGCAGUUUUAUAUGUUUGCUUGGACCCAUGUGACCCUGUUGAUUGUGGUAACUCAGUCUCACCUGGUCAUUCAGAACCUGUUUGAAGGAAUGAUCUGGUUCAUUGUCCCAAUAUCAAUUGUCAUCUGUAAUGACAUAAUGGCUUACCUCUUUGGCUUCUUCUUUGGAAGAACACCUCUGAUCAAGCUCUCUCCAAAGAAGACCUGGGAAGGCUUCAUUGGAGGCUUCUUCUCCACAGUGGUCUUCGGUUUUAUUUUUGCCUACCUGCUGUCACAGUACCAGUACUUUGUGUGCCCGGUGGAGUACAACAGUGAGACUAAUCGUUUUGCAGUGGAUUGUAAGCCUUCAGACCUAUUUGUGAUGCAGGAAUAUACUCUACCUGCAGUGGCACAGAAUAUUCUCAGAUGGAAAACAGUGAACCUGUACCCAUUUCAGAUUCACAGCAUUGCUCUCUCCACAUUCGGUUCACUGAUUGGACCAUUCGGUGGCUUCUUCGCCAGCGGAUUUAAACGAGCUUUCAAAAUCAAAGACUUUGCAGACACCAUCCCUGGACAUGGUGGCAUCAUGGAUCGCUUUGACUGUCAGUACCUGAUGGCAACAUUUGUUCAUGUUUACAUAGCGAGCUUUAUCAGGGGUCCGAACCCCAGUAAAGUGUUACAGCAGCUGCUGGUCCUGCAGCCUGAGCAACAGCUCAGCAUUUUCAACACCCUGCGCAACCACCUGAGAGAGAAGGGCAUGCUGCCCCCUGCUGUGCUGGAGCAAUGAGGGAACGGUCAACCUAUCACAACUGCAGUUAAAAACAGUCAUGUUUAACUAUGUUUAGCUAGUCACACACAUGACUGUGGACGUACAGAACACCCCCCAACAUGUUCUCCAGCAAUUUUGGAGAUAUCCUACAACAAAAUGAACACACUGCAGUAGACUUUACCUCAUGCUUCCACUGCAAGAGCAGCUCACUGAACUAAAAUCAAAAAAACAAAACAAAAAAAAAAAA